AUGGAUAAGGCUAGCACGAAUACAACUCUUGCUUCAUCUACCCGAACAAAACAACCUAAGAAGAGAAAUAGUGACGUGCGCAAAGAGCAGAAUAGAAUCGCGUCUCGUGCAUAUCGAGAGAAACGCAAGCAAAAGUUAGCAUUACUUGACGAGAUAUUGAAAUCUGAUUCUCAAACAGAUUCAAUGAGUUCAGUGUCCGAUGAGACAGAUGGAUACAACGGCUCGUGGACCUUUCAAGAUAGACAAGCCUCGGGUAGCCCUGUUCCAGGGGCGCUUCAGGUGCCCGCCGUGGCUCAAUGGGCCGCUGGAACCGGACAAUACGUUUCCUACCAGUAA